GAUGUCUUCAUGUCACCAACGUCAAAAUUUCCGUUUCGUGUACAUUAGAAAUGAUAUUUUAUCAUGCCAAAAACUUAGUAAAAAAUCUACAGAGAACCAUUUCCAUUAUACCAAUCCAUUACCGACAUGCUAGCACAAACUAUAAAAGUGACUCACUAGAACUAGCAUAUAACUCAUACGAAUCGACAAACACUUAUUCAGAAGAUAAUCCAGCACCCAUACCAUUAAUUAUACUACAUGGUUUAUUAGGAUCAAAAAAUAAUUGGAACACUACAUCCAAGAAACUCCAUCUACAUACCAAAGCUAAAGUACUUGCAGUCGAUGCUAGAAAUCAUGGGGACUCGCCACAUUAUAGAGAACACAACUAUGAUUCUAUGGUGGUAGAUUUGAAGAAUUUUAUGGAUUCAAUGGCGUUAAGAAGGGUUAACCUUUUAGGUCAUUCAAUGGGAGGCAGAACGGCCAUGUUGUUUGCCCUUAAAUAUCCGGAUCUAGUUAACAAAUUGGUUAUAGUCGAUAUUUCGCCGAUUUCGACCAGCAUGUCUUUAAAAAUAAUUCCUCCGGUUUUACAAAGUUUAAAAAGCCUUCAAAUACCUUCGAACAGACCUCUUCGUGAUGCCAGACGGAUAGUUGCCGAAAAUUUAAUUAACGUAAUCAAGAAUCGACUGUUGCUUGGUUUUUUGCUCACUAAUCUCGUACAAAAAAUAGACGGAAGUUAUGGUUGGAGAUUUAAUACAAGAGCCCUUUUAGAAAAUUUUGAUAAAAUAUUGUCGUUUCCAGAGACGCAUAAUAUCUCUUUUGGAGGCCCAACGCUAUUUUUAGGAGGUUCGAAGUCAGAUUUUAUACAGAAAAGCGAUUUACCAAAGAUACAGAAACUGUUUCCAAGUGCGGAACUGAAGUUUAUAGAAGGAGCGGGUCAUUGGUUGCACAGUGAAAAACCCGCUGAAUUCAUGGGAAUAACUUUGGAUUUUCUCAACAGAAAAAUAGAUGCUAGUCAUGUAAAAAAUGAGUCUAAGACUAAUCUGUGAUAAUAUACAUACAUUUUAUUUAAAAAAUAAAAACUCAUAAACACAAGCUGGUCCUUUCUAAUUUCUCGUCAACACCCUUAACUAAUCACACUUUUGUUAUUCAAUCAAAUUAUAUUCCACGCCUUGUUCUCAAUGAUCAUAGGUAGACCCCUCUUUCCCCGCUCAGCUACCACGUAUUUUAAGGAGUUAACACUCUAGAAAACGUCUUUUAUUACUGUAUCAACUCUUCCCUCUCUACUCCUGCUACGCCGCUCCCAACUCUAGCCUAAAAUGUUAUUCUUUGUUUUCGUGCGAAGCUACUUCGUUAUUUAAGAAAAAAUAGAACCUCAAGUUCUUCCGAAGACUACUCAAGUCUAUAUAGACCCGUCACUCAGUUCAUAUGAGCUUCAAUACAGUAUGUAUUUAUAGAGGAAAAAACCAAGAAACCAGAUGCAUUCUAUGACCAAAGGGUUAUGCAGACCCGUUACUGAGCUCAUAAGGGUUUGAAUCCAGUAAAUGUGUAAUUUUCAUAGGAAAAUGUUUCUAAAAACAAUGUUUUUCUUACAGAAUAAUAAAUAUAUGUGUUAUGUGACAUA